AUGUGCUGCCUGGGGAGCAGUGCACGCACCAGCCGAGCACUCUGGGCAGCGGGGUGCAGGCCCUUCUGGGUAGCCGCCUUCUCCAGGGUCCCACAGCAGCCCUGCCCGCUUCACUUUCAGGUUUCUCACAGUGCCUUCCUGCUCUUCUCUGCUUCCCCAUCCUGUCAGUUUUCCAUUUUCCUGUUCCUUCCUGGCUGGUGGCAGUGGGGGCUGUGCCCGGUGGGCCCCGUGGAGAUGCUCAGUGCUUGGAAUCGCCGGGACCGGCCCCCUGAAGAGGGGGCAGCUGCGGGGCUCCAGGGCUUCACCGUGGACAAGACGUUCCUCUCGUCCCUCAAAGGCAUCCUGCUGGAAACUGAGCUGGCCCUGACCUUCAUUAUCUUCAUCUGUUUCACGGCCUCCAUCUCCGCCUACAUGGCUGCUGCGCUACUGGAGUUCUUCGUCACGCUAGCCUUCCUCUUCCUCUACGCCACCCAGUACUACCAGCGCUUCGAUCGGCUGAACUGGCCCUGUCUGGACUUCCUCCGCUGUGUCACCGCCAGCAUCAUCUUCCUGGUGGUCUCCUUUGCGGCUGUGACCUCCCGGAAUGGAGCUGCCAUUGCUGCUUUUGUUUUUGGCAUCAUCCUGGUUUCCGUCUUUGCCUACGAUGCCUUCAAGAUCUACCGGACUGAGAUGGUGCCCAGGGCCACCCAGGGGCGCUCCUUCCAGAUGCAGGCCCCAGCACCCAAGCCCUGCCUGAGCCUGAACUCUGGAGUCCAGGAUGGCUCCUGGAUGGUCGGCGGGGAAGGAUAG